ACGGUGUGUAUCAGGAGAGCAGCAAUCACAUAAAAAUCCACGAAGAAGAAGAGUUACUGGCGUCUUCCUGGGCGGAAGGCCUAUUCUGGAUCUAGCCUGUCAAAACUGCAUUGUAACAAGAGGAACGUGGGAUAAACAUUUGCUGUUCAGCUUGUAUCACUGUCUGAGAUUUGAACUGGCCAAAGAGAGAAAUCCGCUGUUCCCCUCCCUGACUUCCUGUUCCUGACCUCCUCUGAAACGUAUCUGUCAUCAUGAAUGAAGUUAAUAUUGUCAGAGAGGGUUGGCUCCACAAAAGAGGUGAAUAUAUCAAAACAUGGAGGCCCAGGUAUUUCAUUUUGAAGAGCGACGGUUCUUUCAUUGGCUACAAAGAGAAACCAGAUUUAAACGACCAGAGUUCCCCGCCACUCAACAACUUUUCAGUCGCAGAAUGCCAGUUAAUGAAGACUGAAAGACCCCGGCCUAAUACAUUUGUCAUCCGCUGCCUACAGUGGACCACGGUCAUUGAACGUACUUUUCAUGUGGAAAACAAUGAGGAGAGAGAAGAAUGGAUGCGGGCUAUCCAGUCUGUGGCAAAUAGUCUGAAGAUGCAGGAACAGGAGGAGGAGGAGGAACCAAUGGAUGUGUUCGGCUCACCAAGCGAAAGUAGCUUAGAGGAGAUGGAAGUGGCUAUGUCUAAGAGCCGCAACAAAGUGACGAUGAUUGACUUCGAGUACCUGAAGCUUCUUGGCAAGGGCACUUUUGGGAAGGUGAUUCUGGUCAAAGAGAAGUCCACUGGAGUACAUUAUGCAAUGAAAAUACUGCGCAAAAUGGUCAUAAUAGCCAAGGAUGAAGUGGCCCACACAGUUACAGAGAGCAGAGUGUUGCAGAAUACAAGACAUCCUUUCCUCACGACACUGAAAUAUGCCUUCCAAACCCAUGACCGGCUCUGUUUUGUAAUGGAAUAUGCCAAUGGAGGCGAGCUCUUCUUUCACCUGUCACGAGAACGAGUGUUUACAGAAGAACGGGCACGCUUCUAUGGUGCAGAGAUUGUUUCAGCACUUGAGUACCUCCAUUCACGUGAUGUGGUUUACCGUGACCUGAAGCUAGAGAAUCUGAUGCUGGACAAAGAUGGACACAUUAAAAUCACUGAUUUUGGCCUUUGUAAAGAAGGCAUUACUCCAGACGCAACCAUGAAAACCUUCUGUGGAACUCCUGAAUACCUGGCACCUGAGGUCCUAGAAGAUAAUGACUACGGCCGUGCAGUGGACUGGUGGGGUCUGGGUGUAGUUAUGUAUGAGAUGAUGUGUGGCCGUCUGCCUUUCUACAACCAGGACCAUGAGCGUUUGUUUGAGCUCAUCCUUAUGGAGGAGAUCCGUUUCCCCAGGAACCUGUCACCUGAGGCCAAGUCCCUCCUGGCUGGCCUGCUCAAGAAGGACCCCAAACAGAGGUUAGGUGGAGGUCCCAAUGACGCAAAAGAAGUAAUGAGUCAUAAAUUUUUCAUCACAAUUAACUGGCAGGAUGUGGAACAGAAGAAGCUGACCCCACUCUUCAGACCACAAGUGACAUCAGAGACAGACACCCGGUACUUUGAUGAGGAGUUCACAGCGCAGACCAUCACACUCACUCCCCCAGACAAGUAUAAUAGCCUUGACUGUGAGGACCCCAGCCAGGAAGCACAUUUCCCUCAGUUCUCCUAUUCUGCUAGUAUAAGAGAGUGAUGGCAUCUCUGGAACAACCCCCACCCCCCACCCACCCACCCACCCACACACAUACACACACACACACACACACACUCCCCGAAAUACAUAUCUUGGCCACAUCCCCUACAAUUAAAGCAAAACAAAACAAGAAACUGAAAAGCAGAACCUCCAUCUUUAUUGGCAUUUUGGUGUGCCACAGGAUCUAAGUGCCUUGGCUGGUGGCCAUGUUAUUGUGUAGAACGCCCCUCGUACACACUACCAACAAAGCCUGGUCACAGUGGCUGUACUGUAUCAAAUUAGACUUCAGUACCUCCCUUGGCACAACUCAGCAACACAGCUGCUGCGUUUUCACUUCAAGCCACCAAACAUUUUAGACACUUGUCUUUUUAUAGUCUUUUUUUUAAAUGCCAUACAGUUCCUUCAUGAUAUUUUCAAGUGCUCUUCUUCAGAGGCGUGCGUGCGUGCAUGCGUUUGUGUGCAUGUGUCUUGAAAAAUAGGGGGCAACAAAAUUCAGACUGAAUUCUUUAAUCAGAGUGAGCCUGUGAGGGAAUAAGUUUUGUGUAUCUUUAUAUAACGAUUGUCAGUUGUGCAUGAAGAACAAGCAAAUGCAUAACACAUGAUGAUCAAAAUGUUAUCAUGAAAAAAAAUCUAGUGAAAUGAAAGUUUUAAACUGUAUGCAAUGAAAACAAAUUCCUUGUAUAUUGGUUUGUUCUCAUCCCAGAAUAUUAUCUUUUGUAAGCAGAUCUGUCAAGGGUGACAGCAAUUAACGGUAAUUGGGAACACCUUCAUGUAUAAGCUGUAUAUGUUAUUUUGUACAACCUCCUCUCAAAUCUGACCCAUUUUUGAUUUUUCUUGAUCAGAAAAAUACACACAAUCCAUCUGAUUUUAGGAGGUUCAUUCAGUACUUCGUGAUUUAAAGCAAAGCUAAUUACUUUCAGAUGACCUAUGUUUAUAAUGUAGCUGUAUGUUUUCUGUGUUGUCAGGUUGUGUCUGUCACCCUGAGAAUCCAAACUUGUGUCAUUUACCAAAAUCUGUCAUGAAAUGUCUUCUGAGAUUGGCCAGUUUUAUACUAUUUACAUACAACCAAGUUUUUGUACAGCUUUGUAUUUAAGUAUACCACAUUUUAGAACAUUUCAGAAUGUUGACUUUUGUUGUUAAAUAAAAACUAUAGAAACACUCAAAAUUAAGUACCAAAAGCAAAAUACUAGCCAGAUGAUGUAUUAGCAGUACUGUCGAAAAAUGUUAAGAAAAACCUGAGGCUUGUUUUAUCACCAAAGCUGAAUUCACAGCACUAUCAAACAUGUUUAGAUGUAUUGUCUUUCCUCUCUUAGCCUCCAAAGUUAACUGAGUAAUAUUUCCAGUUCACCCACAAAUGUUCGAUCUUAUUAUUGUAGCCUUUUAAUGAAACUUUCCUCAGAUCAGAACUCACCAUCUUUUACUUAAUUUAUUGGAGAUUUUACAAGUUUUAAACUGUUGCUGAGACUUCACACAUUUUAAUGUCCUCCUGGUAUCUGAGUCAUCUUUGUCAUUUUUAUCCUAAAUCUUUCUUUGAUAACAGUGUUACAUCUGAACUAUAGCUGAUUCUCACGUCAGUGUGCCACUAGAUGCAUCAAGAACAUGGUUCAUUGUAAAUGUUGAGUUUGAGUUCAAUGGUGCAAAGAUAUCUUUUAAUCAAUUCAAUUCUUCACCUUGGCCAUAUUAACAUUAGGUGGAUGAGUGCAUCUUUGUGAUUUGUAACACUGAGUGUAAUACCAUGCAUUAAAAUUUGCCCAACAUGAUAUUUGUGCUACACUGUUGAGUCACCCAUAAUAAAAAAGAACUGGUGCAGACAACCUUCAAAACUUAAUGUUGCUUACAGAACCUACCACAUUUUUACACAAUUUCCAUUAUUUUUUAGCUUUGUCUAGUUUUUCUUCUGGUAUAACUCUCACUAUGCUGUUUUUCAUCAUCCUUAUUGUAUCUCCUUCACAGAUAUUCUCAUAUUAUGAAAAUUCAUAAUGGUUGAAAAUGAUACAUGUAUUAUCCGUUUCAUUAUUCAAGCAAUUAAUUUCUAUUUGUAUAGACAUUCAUAGGAAUGUAAUUCGGAAAGGGAAUGAUCCAAUACAACUUUUAACUGUCUUAAAACAUCAUGUUUGUGUCUGAAUCAUUUUCAAUAUUUCAGAUGUUAUCAGCAAAUCUGAGAUCACAAAAGGUAGAACUGAAAAAUUGGCUGUUGUCUGCCACAUACUCAGCCUUGCUAAUUGCUUUCUCUGCUGUUAGUGUAACUACAGGCACAACAAAUUGAUUAUACAUAGGCCCAGGUGUCUUUCCAAUGCUACUUUAAGACAACUUUUAAACCCUGCUGCAGACAUACAGUGUUGGUAAAAAGUAUUGGCCCCCUUUUUGAUGUCUUGUUUUUGCAAAAUUUCCAGACUUUAAUGUUCCAGAUCACCUAACUAACUUGGAAAAUUGAAAACCUGUAUCGCCCCUGUGAAAAAGUAAUUGCUCCCCUAAGCCUAAUAACUGGUUGGGCCACUCUUGGCAACAACAACUGCAGUUAAAUGUUUGAUAGCUUGUGAUCAGUCUUUUACAUCUCCAUGGAGGAAUUUUGGCCCACUGUUCUCAGCAGCAUUGUUUUAAUUCAGCCACAUUAUAAAUGGUUAUCAAUCAUGGAUGAUCCCUUUAAGGUCUUGCUACAGAAUCUCAACUGGAUUGAAGUCUGGACUUGGAUUUAGCCACUGUAAAACUUUCAUUUUGUUCUUUUUGAACCAUUUAGAGGUGGACUUGCUUGUGUGGUUUGGGUCUUUUGUCAUGCUCCGUAACCCAUUUGUGCUUGACCUUUGGCCCAUGAACUGAUGUUGGAUAUUCUCCAAGAGGAUUUUCUGAUAGAGAACAGAAAUUAUGGCUCCAUAAAUUAUAACAAGUCCAGGUCCUCAAACCAUCACACUGACACUACCAACAAUGAAACCAAAUAGCUUGUUUCAUUGUUGGUGUCAUGUUCUUCUGUAGAAUGCAGUAUUAGCUUUAUACCCGAUGUGACAGACCCAUGUCCUCUAAAAGUUCCAUCUUUGACUCAUCAGUCCACAGUCCCAAAAGUCGUGGUGUACUCACUCUGUUUCCCCCUGUGUCCUUUCUCUGAGUGUACCUGGUCCCAGAGCUGGAUGCUUUCAGGUCUGCGGUUGCUGUCCCACCAACUGGCUUAGUCUCCAUCACGUCCACUGUGGGAUGCUGCUGCUGACCUUCCACCAGCCCACUGCUUCCAGCUGCCCAUUUCCACCAGUCUACUCUGCAUCGCCCUCACUAUACUUGAUGUGCUCAUCUAUAUACUGUUUCAAUUGUACUACCAGCUAUAUAUGUAGUAUAUUUACUGCCAGAGCCUUACAACAUAACAGUAAACUUAUGAAUCAAUUUCAAUGUUUGCUUGUACUUUGUAUCAUUUAUCUUUUCAUGCAUGUAUCCAAUUGUGUGUUCCUUGUUCCCCACCCUCCUCUUCUCCCAUCCCUCCCCCUCUCCACCUCUUUACAUCUCUACCCCUCUGCCCUUCUACCUCUCUACCUUUCUACCCCUCUACCUCUUCUGUCCCUCUCAACCCACCGGCCAGCAGACAUAUGGGUCCCCCCACAUGAAGAGCUCGUUCUGCUCAAGGUUUCUUCCCAGUUAAAAGGGUGAUUUUUCUUGACACUGUCGCCUUUGGGCUUGCUCUGGAGGUUCAGGCAUAUGGGUUCUGUACCACGUCUUCAGACAAUUUGACCUGUAAUUUGUGCUAUAUCAAUAAAAUUGAAAUUGAAUUGGA